CUUCUUCCUCACUUCCCACGAUCUGGGAAACAAAUUGAUUUGCAGAAGCUUAAGCAAUGAUGCUGAAGGUCUGAACUGUGAUCGAUGUAUAGCCUUCAGCUUCGCAGGUUUUCAAUACUUGUCGAUUCUGCCAAGAAUUUCCACCAAAAUAUAGUACAAUCGAUUGCUUCCGCGAACUCGAAGCGAAGGAAUCGGACCCAAAUUCCGUUGCCGCACAGAACGAUUCCGGAACCCAUAGGUCAAGACCUUGAUUUCGUGAAUGUAGCUCACAGUCACCUCACUCACUCCGACUGGGCCAAGCUCGAAUCUUUAGCCUCCCGGUUAACGCCGUUCAGAGUCAAGCACGUUCUGCUGAAAGCCCAGAAGGAUUACGUGCUUUCCCUCGAGUUCUUCAGAUGGGUUGAGCUUAAAAGCCCCAAAUUGCAUACCCUCGAGACUCGUUCGAUAAUUCUCCAUGUUCUUACUAAGAACCGGAAGUUUAAAUCGGCGGAGUCCAUUGUAAGGAAGUCGUUUGAACCGGGUUCUUUCGACAUUGAUCUCCCAGGUAAGCUCUUCGAUGCCGUGCUAUAUUCAUAUAGGGUUUGUGAUUCUUCGCCCCGCGUUUUCGAUUUGUUGUUUAAAACAUGUGCGCAUAUGAAGAAGUUUAGGAAUGCUACGGACAUGUUUUGUAGUAUGAAGGAAUAUGGGUUUCUCCCCACCGUUGAGUCUUGCAAUGCGUACAUUAGCUCGUUGAUGAGUUUGAACCGCCCCGAUAUUGCGUUGGCGUUUUACAGGGAAAUGCAGAGGUCUAGGAUCUCGCCUAAUGUAUAUACUGUGAAUAUGGUUAUUGGAGCAUUUUGCAAGUCAGGGAAACUGGAAAAGGCUGUUGAAGUGUUUAGGGAAAUGGAGAACAUAAAUUUGAAGCCUAAUGUUGUGUCUUAUAACACUUUGAUCUCUGGGCACUGUAAUAAUGGCCUGUUCAAUAUUGCUAUGAAGCUCAAGAAUACAAUGGAGCGGAAUGGGGUUUGCCCCGACGAUGUUACUUUUGGUACACUUAUCCAUGGGUUAUGCAAGGAAGGGAAACUGCACGAGGCUAAUAAGCUUUUCAGCGAGAUGAAAAGAGUUGGUGUGGCUCCGAGUGUUGUUACUUACAAUACGAUGAUCAAUGGGUACAGCCAAGUUGGUAACAGUGAGAUGGGCAAUCGAUUUUAUGAAGAGAUGUCGAGUAAUGGAGUUAAGGCUGAUAUCUUAACUUAUAAUGCGUUGAUUUUGGGAUUUUGCCGGGAGGGGAAAACAAAGAAAGCGGCGUAUUUGGUUAAGGAACUUGAUAAGGUAGGCCUUGUACCGAAUUCCUCUACCUUCUCUGCCCUCAUUAUUGGACAGUGUGUGAGGAAGAACUUGGAUCGUGCCUUUCAACUCUACAAAAGUAUGGUCAGAGCUGGUUGUCACCCAAAUGAAUCGAUUUUCAAUAUGUUAGUAUCCACAUUCGUCAAGAAUGAGGAUUAUGAUGGAGUACUGCAAGUAUUGAAGGAGAUGCAAGGAAGAUCUGUUACUAUUGACUCAGUUAUCUUGACUGAGAUUCUUGAUGGAUUUCGUAAAUGUGGUGAAGAGGAAGUAGUCAGAAAGGUGUUCCAGGAGAUUGAAGCAAGAUGCCUCAUGCCCAAAGGUUUUGACCAAACUCGAAUCUUUGGCUCUUGGUGAAAUGCUGUCCAACUCAUAUUUUCACUCUGAAAGCUCACGAGUACAAUCGUACAAUGAGUCGAAGCAGCAGGAGAAAUUCUUUGGGUCAUUGAGCAUGAAGCCAAUCUUCGUUAGAGCUGUUUGGUGUAAGACUGUGGCUUUACGUCUCACCCUUUGAUGAUUGGGCGUCUAACGCUAUGUCAAUGCCCUCAUUCUCCGCUCCAACAAUUAUUUGAUGUUAUAGCCAUAGUCGGAGUGAUUGGUAAUCUUCAUGUAGUCAACAUUGUCACUACCAAGGUGUGUUCCCACCAUAUGGCUAACUUUUUGAAUGACUUCCUGAGUCUUUGUCUUUUAUAUUCUCAAUCCCCAGGUCCUUUUUGGACACAUUCUGGACAGUUUUUUCCUGUGUAAUCUGUUAGAUACUGCAUCGGGUAUUCUCAUCCACAAGAUCUGUGAAGAAAAUGAACCUGUAAUCUCAUUUUAGUCCUAUUGAGGAAGGAAGAUUUCUCAGACUGUUCUUUGCUUGAUCGCUCACUUUCAUUCUUUGAGUGACGAUUACCCGAGAGUGUGUACUGACUACUGAGUGAACCUCGCAUUGUGACCUAAGUCAGCAAAGGACUACAAGGUCGAACAUGGCUCACUUUCAUUCUUGUGGCAUCAAAGCAUGGAAGUUGAGGCAGUCCAUUUCUGUUAGUCUGUUACCAUUUGUUAUACUCGCAAUCUCUUGUACUAUAUUUGUUGUUGUAUAAUAAAAAUGGGAGUUUUAUGUAUACAAAAAUACACUUCCUAUGUAUUAGAUUUGGCUAAACAUAUUUUGGGUUAAGUGGA